AUGUUGUGGUGCAUUUCUUACUGUACAAUUAUUGUGUAUCAUUAUUGUGUAUAUCAUAACAAUUGGAGCUUUAUGGGAAGAUCAUAUUCAACUGUGUACUAUAACUCAUCAUCAAUACAGAAAGAUAACUUUUACAAUUUUGUUCGGGCUUCCGAUGAGAGUACUACAUCCGAAAAAUUGAAUGUGGGAUUUAAUUUUGCUGCUGAGGAAUCAGGAGCAAAGAUUUUGGCUUCUAAUCCUGAGGCAAAGAAAGUUUCUAGAAUUCUGAACGAAGACUCCGACAAAUAUUGCCUAAUUCCUCGAACAGCACCUCAAAAGUGGAUCAUUGUGGAGUUAUCAGAAGAAAUUUUGAUGAAAAGCAUUGCUCUUGCAAAUUUUGAAUAUUAUUCGUGCUCGUUUAAGCAUUUUAAAGUCUAUGGAUCCGUAAAGUAUCCAUGCAAGGGACAAAAAUGUUGGGAACUUGUUGGAUCUUUUCAAGCUUCAAACGGAAGAAAAGUGCAAUCGUUUAUCUUUAAAAAGCCAUCAAUCACAAGGUACAUCAAGUUAGAAUUUUUGACACACUAUGGAGAGGCUGAAUAUUAUUGUACGUUGAGCUUAUUACGCGUGCAUGGGUCGACAUUAUUGGAAGAUUUGAAAAAGUCUCUUCAAAAAUCAUCCAGUAGAAAAUCUCAUGAGCCAAGUUCGAUUGAUGCAGCUACUCCACAAAUGGAAGAGGAUAGUACUCCAAAACUUGAAACUAAACAUGACCACCACACAUCUGACAAUAUGGCAACUGCCAAAAUUAUUGCAGAAACUAUUACGACUGGUGUUAAUGAUAUUCAAGCGAACCUUACAAAUUUCCAACAAGAAAACAAAACAGCAAGUGAAACUGAAAAUUUGGAGGAGCAAUUUGGAAAGCUUUUACAUGACGAUAUUUCAGAUUUUUUGAAACAAUCGAUCGAUUAUUCAAAAAUGGGAAUCACAAACAAAUCGAAAACCAAUUUUUGGGCCUCCCAAAUCAAACAUAGAUUGGAGAAAUUGAGAGUUUGUUUGCUUACAGAGAGUCCAACCAAGAAAUUCCUAGUUGUGCCAGACAUUCCUACAAUGAGUGUCAUGACAAAACAGCACUAUAUCAACAGUACGAUUUUCCUUAAAAAUUAUUCGUCUCCUUACAUGCGACCCAUUGAUAAUACCAGUUCUCUGAUUUUAUCCAGAAAACAUGAGCUUCAACCAAUUUGUCUUGCUCCCUUGAGAGUUAUAUGGGCAAAUGUGUCAUGCCCCUCUCUGCUUCGCAACAACUCUCCUGAAACCAUACAAAAUGUCUCUCAAUCUGUUAAUUUUUCUACCACUGAAUCUGCUACUUACCCAAAAACGAUAACGGAUGAUGACGAUGAUGAUAUUGAUGAUGGAGAUGACGAAGCGCCUGAAGACACUCUUUCACAAAUUAUUAACGAAAAGGAAAAUAUUCUCAAAUCAUUGUUCAAUGCAAUUAAGGUUCAUGGAGAAAAUGAAGUGUUUUUAAGAAAUCAGAUUAAAAGUCUGGAGAAUCGAUAUUUAAAAACAGUUCAAUACAUUCAACAAGUUCUUGAAAAGAAUGGAGAAGACCACAAAACAAUAGCAAACAGCUUUGUCUCGUUAACUCAAAAGCAAAGAGAGGCCAUUGUUUCAGAGCUGAGACAUGAAAUUGAUACCAAACUGAAAACAAAAAUUGAAGAGUUUAGUACUGUAAUAGACUCAAAAAUUGCCAAGAUCAGAGAAGAACAAGCUCAACAAUUACGAAGCCUUAGGAAAGAAUUUUUAGUUUAUGGAGGUUGGGCAAGCAUUUUGAUUUUAUUUUUCAUCUUCAUAGCACGUCCAAAGAAGGAGAUAGUCAUUCGUGGCAGAAAUUCUCCCUACAUGGAUAAGAUAGACUCUCCCAAAAGAGAAUUCCAAAAUAAGGGAAAGAGUCCUGCAAAUAGGCUAUCGUCCAUGAAUCUUCUUAGUAUCCUAUAUUCUUUUUUCUUUCAAAAUUUUGAUGAGCAUGAGGAUGGCUCUAAUGCAUACAUUGAUAGAAGAGACCUCUAUUCUAACAAUAUAUCAUUCGACGAAGAUGCCAUGCAAGAUAGCGCCAUUAAGAAAAUUAGCCAAGAGGAAAAAAUCACACAGGCGGUAGUAGGCACAAGAAGAGGUUCUCUAAAAUUCUGGAAUGAAUCGGGGAAUUUGAACCUCUUCUUCUGUCUUGUUUUGAAGGGUUGA